AUGGAGGACACAGUACCCUCGACUACUGAUUCUACUCGUGAAAUUGUCCCUGAAGAUGUUGCCGCCCCUGCUGAGGUGCCUCAAGAGGAGGAAAAUAAGAAUGAGUCUACUGAGAUUCAGCAAACCGAUGAGACUGCUCAGCUGCCACCAAUUGAGGCUGGCCCUAGCGACGAAGUUGAGCCUGCGUCCCCUGCUGUGGAAUCUGAGCAAACCAUGUCUGCUGCAGAGAGGAGAAAGGAGAAGAAGAAAAACAAGCGCAAGUCCAAGCAUUUGGAAGCACAGGCUGCGACUGAGGUCGAACCCUCUCCUGAACAGAUCAAUACCGAGCAACCAGAAGAGCAACCCGUAGAAGCUGAGUCUUCUGAGACUGCGGAGAUGCCCUCUUCCGCCAUGGAUGAGGUUCAGCCUACUGAUGAACCUGCACCUGUUGAAACUGCAGCUGCGGAGACUGAAGCUACUGUGGAAAGCCAGGUAUUCCAAGAAACUGCCCCUGUUGAGAAGGAAUUACCUCUGGAUUUGCCCACGGAUGAUGCUGCUGUUCCAUCUGAGCCCAUCUCUGAGCCGGUUGCUGAAGUCUCACCAGUCGAAGCUUCUGAGAACGUUAUUUCCGAAACUCCUGUGGCGGAUCUCACUACUGAAGUUGAAACUACGGUGCAAGAAUCUACAGAUGUAGUAGCUGAAAAGUCUUUGGAUGAAACAACUGCAUCUCAAGAGCCGGCUACUGAAAUUCCUGCUGAAGAACAGACUCCAACAACUCAGGACAUUCCUGAGCCUUCUGAAGAUACCGAGGCCACUACUGCAGACUCAAAAAAGAAGAACAAGAAAAAGAAGAAGAAGAAGAGCUUAUCUGCGGCUACUGACACAGAAUCAAAGUCUGAGUCGCAGCCUCAGUCUCCAGUGGUAGAAGAAGCCCCCGUUCAGCCCGUUCCUGUUCCUUCAGAAGAAAAUGCCCCUGUUCCCACUUUGACAGAGGAGUCUGAGGAACCCAAAGAAGCGACCCCGGAACAGAUCCAGGAGGAAGCCGCCACCCUUGAUCAAGCAACCACUGAUGCUGGAGAGACCGAUCUGGAGCCCGUCAGCAAGAAGUCAAAGAAGAAAAAGAACAAGCGCAAGUCUGUUGCUUUUGAGGACAACCCUGAGGUCGUUCCCGCCAAUGAGCAGCCAGAAAAAGAAGCAGCUGCCCCUCUUGAAGCUUCUGGACCCAUUGAGCCUUCUUCUACUGAAGACUUGAGUGAAGCUCCUGUUGAGACUGAGAAAGCUGCUGAAGUGUCUACAGACAAGGACGUAGUCGAGGCAGAGACACAGGAAUCAGCUGCAUCUGAAAUCAUUCCGGAUGAGGUCCUGAAGGAUGUUGAGCUCACAGAGUCUGUGGAGGUUGGCGAGCAAGCCUCUGAAAAAGAAGUUGAGCAGCCUGCGUCUGUGGCUGUGAUUGAAGAGACUGCAGAGGAACCUGAGUCCAUCCCAUCUGAUCAACAAACAGAAGCUACAGCGGAGCCCGCAACUCCAACCACUGGAGUCGACGAGGAGGAUCCUGAAGAUGCCAAUCUGUCUGCCAAAGAGCGAAAGAAGCGCAAGAAGCAGAAGGAAAAGGAGCGGAAGAAGAAAGCAAAGUCUUUGGAAUUGAACGCGGAUGAGGCUUCCACGGCCACUAAACCGCCUCAAGAAUCCGAGCCUACUACUCCAGCAACCGAAACUGAUCAAAAUGCUCAACUUGAUGAAAGCACUCCCAAUCCAGAACAAAUUGAUGCCGAGCAACAGCCCGAUCAAAGCCCUGAUGCCGCCAAUAUUGAGCUUUCGGAGCCUGUUCAACCCGUGGAGCCCGAUACAUCAACUCGCGGUCCUGAAAAUGUUGAACAGGAGAUUGCAGCACCAAAAGAGAUGGAUGACCAGCAGAUUACCACCGAAGCGACCACCGAAUCUUCAGCCGAGGCUGUCCUUUCCACAGGAGAAGGACAGUCUGAACCCACCACCGAGGCCGAGCCUGAAGCUGAGAUGACCGCCGAAGAACGUCGCAAAGCGAAGCGCGCAGAAAAGAAAAAGAAGCGAAAGUCCAAAAAUCUCAGUGUCGACGAGCCUGAAUCGACCCCCGACGCCUCAACCGAGCCCGAUCAAGCCGAGUCCGCUGCUCCCGAACCAACCACUUUGGAGUCAAUUACACCCGUGAUGGCCCCCUCGCCUGCGGAAGAUGACGGUAAAGAACAUCAGUCCCACGACAUUUACACACCCGACUUGCCGGCACAGACAUUGACUUCGACUGAUGAUAUCGUAUCUUCGCAGGUAGAGCAGCCACAGUUAGAGAGUCAUUCUUCAGAUUGUCCUCCCCAGUCCGUGCUUGAGCGUUCAAAUGAUGUUGGCGAUGCGAGUGGUCCCGUUGAGGAGGAAGUCGUUCAUGUUGCUUCUGCAACAGAGGAGAUGCCAGUUUUUGAGGAGAAGGGUGUUGAAGAAGAGAAGGGUGUUGAAGAGGAGAAGGAGAUUGCUGUUGAUGAAGUUGAGGAGAGAGGCGUCAAGGAGCCCAAAACUAUGGAACAUGUACUGAUGGAGAAGGAGGACGAAAAAGAAGAGAAUGCCAAAGCUGGUGAGCUGCAGAAGUCGUCGGUUGUUCCUAAAGAAGAAGAUGCGGAGAAAAAACCAUCCCCCGAGGUUCCUGUUGAGACGCCGAUUGAAACUACAGAAGAGAUAUCAUCGCACGUUGACAAUGAGACAAUCUCAGUUGAGGAAGCUGACGAGUCCCUGCAAGAGAAAGAAAAUUUCUUGGAACAAGAGGAGAUGAAGAUGGAGGAGACGUUGAAAGAAGAGCCUUUGGCGGAGCCUGAGCUUGAAGCCCACGCAGAUGAUAUCGAGCCAAAAACUUUACCUGAUAUCUCUGAAGAGCCUGCGGUCCAGAUUCCAGAGGACCUGGAGCCACCCACAGUUGAAGAGACCUCAGUCGACCCGGAGCCAGCUAGCCAAGAACCUGAGGCUCGUGCACUGGAAGACUUUGAGAAACCAAAAGAAAUUGAAGCGCCCGAGGAACCAUCAACUCCCCUCGAGACUGAAUCAACAUUUCCUUUGGAAAGAAACCUGAGCAAGAAAGAGAGACGACGUCUUAAACAACUCGAAGCAGAGGCCCAGGCUGAAAAGCAAUUGAACCAAACAGCUGAGCCCUCUCAUGGUCCUGAGGUUUCCGAGGACCAUGCACCUCUCCAAGAUCAACUAGAGGUGGCUGAGCCCGUUGUCGAGAGUGAUUUGCUCAAUCAGCCUGUGGAAGCUGCAGAGGAGGUGCAGGAGCAAACAGAGCCAACUGUUAUCGAAGAGCAGCCUCCCGUCGUGAAUGAAGAGAGCCCUCUUGAAUCCUCUGCUGGGGUUUUGCUGGACACAUCAAAUGAAGUGCAUUCCACUUCAGAGGUCAUUGAAGAGCAAGCAGCUCCCGAUCCUGUUGCAGAAGACUCAUUUGAUGAGUUCAAGGGGUUGAGCAAGAAACAGCAGAAGAAGAAGAGGGCCGAGAAGGCUGCUGCUGCCGCUGCCGCUGCUGCUAUUGAAGAGGAAGAAUCUAUUGAGUUGAAGGCUAUUGAUGAGCCCUCAAACAUUGAGCAAGCUUCAGAACCCAUCAAUGUUUUGCCUCCAGCCGACGAUGCACCAUUGACUAUAACCGACUCUGAAGUGCAGCCUGAGUCUGCUGAGAACGAUCUUGGACAAGAUUCUGUGCCAAAAUCUACCGAAGUCGACCACACUCAAAAGCCAAUUGAAAGCGACGAGCAGCCUAUGGAAGCUCCCGAUACCUCUGAAAACAUCGAGCAGCUUGGUGAUGAGACUGAAGUUGCAGAGUCUAGCACCUCUGAGCUUUCCAAGAAGGCUAAGAAAAAGGCUAAGAAGAAGGCAAAACAGGAGUCUAUUGACCUGACUACUGUGUCAGCCGAUGACACUGUACUUGAAACAGUUGUUCAGACUCCUACUGAGCAAGCCGGACCCACCAUUGAUGUUGAAGCUCCCGGUACAGAUGAGUCAAAAAAUGAUUUGCCUGAGCCGGAGCCUGAGACUGAACUUGAGACUCAGGAACCACUUGUUGAGAGUACUCGUGAGCUUGUUACUGAAGUUCUAGAGCCUGUCUCUCAGCCCGACAAUGAAACUCCUGCGGAGAUCCCGAAACCCCCUCAAUGGGAGACUGAGCCGGCUCCAGAUUCCGCUAAAGGGAUUCAAGAUGAGCUGUUUGAGCAACCAGAGUCUACAGCUGACCCUGAACAGGCGCAGCUACCGGAGAAAGAAGAGGUUUUCAUGUCUGAGCCUACUACAGAGCCUACAUCAAGCCCUAUUGAGCCUGUGAUCGAGGAAGCAGAGCCCUCUCUUUCGCGCAAGAACUCCAAAGCAUCGAAAAAAGCAGCUAAAAGGGCCAAAAAAUCCCUAGCCUUGGAGUCCAAAGCGCCAGUUAAUGUGGAGGAGCAACGAGAGUCCAUCAUAUUAAUUGACAAUGAGUUUCCUGUUGAAGAAGAUGCGGAGCUCAAUGAUCGUGAGGCAAACAAAGACAAUGACGAGUGGCCUGCGAUCGACUGGCGCCACAGGCAAGCUGAUAAUCCCGAGCCUUCUAAUGAGCAAAUUCCUGAGACUGAACCCGAUAUGCCUGUCCCAGAAGAUAUUGAAGAGUUCGACGAAAAUGGAAUUCUAUCAGCAUUGCCUGAGCCCGCCACUGAUGAGCCUCUGAGCAAGAGUGCUAAGAAGAAGGCCAAAAAGAACAAGAGGAAGUCGGAGCAAGCAACUUUGGCAGAGUCGGAGGAUUUUGCUGCUCAGGAGCCCUCCCACAAGAAGAUCGAGCUUGAAUCUGCAUUCCAGCCCGAGCCGCCUGCGGAGGUCCCAGUCGAUAAAGAGAUUGAGACUGAACCCCCUGCAAGAACUGUGACUCCCGGAGGCUCCAGCAUUGCCAAUAUUUUCCCUGGAGUUCCACGAGGAGGAUUUCGUUUGAAGCGCACGACACCGUCAGUAAAAGAUAGUGCUCAUGAAGAGACGACAGCGGACUUGGAAGCGAAUCGCGAGAUUGCGAUCCCCGUCUCGGAAGCACCCCCUAAUGCGACCAUUACAACUAAAGAAAUCAAUGAAUCUAUCCCAGAGCCAUUCUUGGAAGCUACCAAAGAGGUUGAAACCUCUAUACUACAAGAUGCUCCAUCAGCGGAGGUCCCUUCUACGGAAGAAUCUACGCAGGAGCCAGAGCUUCCAGAGAACAAGGAGCGUUCCUUGGAGGAAUUGCCCUCCGCGCCCAUGUUCUCUGCUCUGGAUGAAGUACUACCUUUGCUCUCCAGCUCAUCUCAAAUUAUCCAACCUGAAGAGCCAUCCUCAUUGCGACAGCUUCUGCCAUCCCAAAUCGAAGCUGCCGCCCAACCUCCCUGUGAACUGCGUCGCAGUCCCUCGAUCAUCCAUGGACGACACCAACACACUCCUCGAACCUGGAACUUAGAAGAAUCGUCAAUUCCAGCUGUCCAAUCUCCCUCGCCACCACGGUCACUCUUCGGUGGCCCAUUUGGUGAGCACGAUUCGGUUUCGCGACCCCGAACUCCACUUGAAUCUAUUGCGGAGCAAGAACCUGUGGAUGGCCGCAAAGCAACCACGGAUCCGUUCGGCACGCCCCGUCUCGAAAUCAAGCCCGAACAUGUUCUUCCACCGACUAGAUCUCCUGCGCGACCUGUUACCCCGGUGCGAAAAUUUACUGAUACCGCGCGCGACCGGGAAGAUUGGCCUACAGCAGAAAAUGAAGCUCGUCGCAGCCGAGAGGAUCUUCCAAGGAGUCGAGGCUCUGGAGAUUCGCCAAUUUUAAAAUCACCCGAUCAGGGAAUGCCUGUAUUGAGGCCAAGUGGUAGUAAGGGCAAACUGCGUCGCACGAAUCGGAGUACGAGUAGCGAUCUGCGGGCGGCUAGUCGAGCGCUAAACUCCCAGCCUCCUUCCAAUCUCGAUCUCGAUCAACUUCCUUCCUCCUCCACUUAUGACCCCGUCACAGACAAGGGCAAGCGUCCCCUCCGCAAUAUGUCGGAUGUCUAUGUAAGUUGA